AUGGUCUUCGAUUGCGUUACCGACACACCGACUAUGAGAAUGUGCUACGAGGCAAUCGGCUUGUCUGGUGGCAAAUACUUUGCUAUAGAAGCCAUAGAUAUCGUCACCAAAUACACGCGGACAGAUGUGCUUGCUGAUUGGUUGAUGGCGCCUAUUAUUAUGGGAACCUGUGUCGAAUUGGCAGGGACAUAUGGACGCCCAGCCAUACCAGAAAAUAGAAGAUUCGGAGGAAAACGGUUUUUGAUACUUAAGAAAUUAUUAAGUGAGGGCGUAAUCAAUGGUCAUCCUCUCGAGAUCCGAGAAGGUGGCCUGGCAAAAAUUCCUGAUUGUAUAAACAACGUGCGUGUGCGGGGUGUGCGGGGUGUUCGGGCCAAGAGGCAGGUUGUGUCUUUACUUGCAGAGUACAUAGUAUCGUGUCAGGUGUAUGUACGGUUUAGGAUUCGAUUGUUCUCAAAGCAAGUAUUAUGUAUGAUGUUUGAGACUGCUACAGUAAUAUGCUUGCACUUGAUAUCGACAUUCAAUGUGACUAG